AUUGAGUCAGACAGAUGGAGGGCCCCCUAGCGGCCACGGGGUGUAGCUACAUCAGACUAUGACUGAGAGAAGAGAGAGCAAAAUGGGUGGACGGAAAGUCCCCGUGUGGAAAUCCCCUUGACUUGGAGUUUUUCCUUUUUUAAAAAACUAGUGCUUGCGGAAGAGUGUAGUCUUUCGAAAGCCUUCUUCGAGCUGCGAGGGCUCGGAGUUAGCUGUUAUAGUGGAGGGAAAAGAGAGGGUUGAAUGGCGCCGAGAACCGCAGCGGUGAGGCUGAGUGAAGUGGCUGAGAGAGGACUAGCGUGAGCAUCCGGGAGGCUUUGUUAUCACCCUCUCCCCCUCCCCCCGACACAUUACCCAGAUUCCACAUUGGUCCACCAUCGCCAGUUAGAGUCUCCUCCUCCUUCUCCUUUCCACCUCGUUCCUCUUCCUCCCCUCCUUCCACUCUCCCGGCUACCCGUCCGCCAUGUCGCAGGGCCAGAACUUCCUCCCCAAAUUCCUGUUCGUAUCCAACCUGCUGAAAGCGGUGAAGAUCCGUCAGCGCGUUCCCAACGACGUGGUGAAGCCGGCUGCCAACGGCGGCCUCAUGCACCACCUGCGGGGGAUGCACCGCUACACGCUGGAGAUGAUCGCCAUGAACCACUUCCCACAAGCCUUCAGGGAGGUUGUGCAAGCCGCCAUCUUGGACCGAGCCAUGCAGGCCUCUUUGGAGCAAGAGAAGAAGCUCAACUGGUGUCGGGAACUGAAGAAGAUGGUGCCACUGCGCACCAAUGGAGACGGGAACUGCUUGCUGCACGCAGCCUCCCAGUACAUGCUUGGCGUCCAGGACACGGACCUGGUGCUCCGGAAAGCUCUCUACGGUGUUCUGAAAGAGACGGACACGACUAUGUUUAAAUCUCGCUUCCAGGCGGAGCUGCUGCACUCGCAAGAGUUCACCCAGACCGGACUCAGAUACACCACCAUGAACUGGGAAGACGAGUGGGACAAGAUUGUUAAGAUGGCCUCUCCGGCCUCUAGUAGCAAUGGGCUCCAGUUUGACUCCCUGGAGGACAUUCACAUCUUCAUCCUCUCCAACAUUCUCCGCAGACCCAUUGUUGUCAUCGCAGACCAGGUGGUGAGGAGUAUGAAAUCUGGCUCCUCCAUCUCCCCUCUGAACGUGGGUGGGAUUUAUCUGCCUCUACACUGGCUGCCCACGGAGUGCUACAAAUACCCGAUAGUGCUUGGCUAUGACUCCCAGCACUUCGCACCCCUCAUCACCGUCAAAGACAGCGGCCCAGAGAUCCUAGCCGUUCCGCUGAUCAACCAGAAGAGGGUGGGCUUCGAGGAGUUGAAGGUUCACUUCCUUGUGGAGAAGGAGGAGCCACAGAAAGAGCGGCUGCUCAACGACUACCUGCACCUCAUAGAGAUCCCCGUCAUCGGCCUAGGCCAUGAAACUGCAUGGAUCAUGAAGGCUGCAAAGCUGGAUGAGGGUAACCUUCCUGAAGACAUGAACUUAAUGGAGGACUACCUGCAGCUUGUCAACCACGAGUACCAGCGAUGGCAGGAGGACAAGGAGCAGGCCUGGGCCGCCCAGCCGCAGAGACCACCGCCUUUUUCCGUCUCCCAGCUCUCCCUCAUAGAGAUCCGCUGCGCUACACCACGGUGCACCUUCUACGUCUCUGUGGACACACAGCCUCAUUGCCACGAAUGCUUUGAGAAGCGACAGGCCACUACAGGAGGGGGAGCCAGGAUAGAAGGAGUGGUGCAGACCAAGGGAGCAGGUGUACAGGGUGGACUGGGAAUGAUGGGAGGAGCAGACACUGAGGUGAGCUCCAGAGGAGCCCGAAGCAGCAGCCCGCCGUGCUCUUCCUCUGGGAGAGGGGUGGUGUCAUCCAGCCCCCGCUCAGCCCCGCCCACUGCUCCCAGCCUCAGCCUAUACAGCGAAACUCAUGCCAUGAAGUGCAAAACACCUGGCUGCCUCUUCACCCUCAGCGUGGAGCAUGACGGCCUUUGCGAGCGUUGCUUCAACGCCAGGCAAAACAAUGGACCUCCUGGGGCCGGAAGCGCUGCUUCGGGACUCCCAGGCCCCAAUGGGGGGCUCAUUGCUUCCCACCCGACACAAGGCUCUGGCUGGUCCCAGUGGGGGGGCUGCGAUGCAGAGAGAGAGCGGUGCAGCAUGUGUAGGCAGCAAGUGUUUAGGAUAUUCAAUGGCUUGUGUGCGCCCUGUAUGCAGAGGCAGCAGGCUCCGGAGAGGGUCGAGCCACAGCAAGGCAACCACAGGACUGAGGCCUCGGCUUGGAGCCAGGCCAGAGACACUGAGCAGCCAUGCCCCACCCUAACCCCAGUCUGGCAGACUUCUUUGGCCCAACUCUGUAAAAGAUCUGGCUGCCAGUUCUUUGGGACUCCGGAGAAAUUGGGUUUCUGCACUAUUUGCUAUGUAGACUAUCAGACAAACCAUCGCCUGACUCCUCCUCCUCCCGCCCCAGUCCAGAGCAGGCACGGUUUGGAGACAGGCUUCAAGAACGCCACACGGUGUCGGGGGUCCGGGUGCGGUGCGGUUGCCAAGGCAAUGCUGGAGGACUAUUGUGAAAAGUGCUAUGUAAAAGAGCAAAGUGCACGUCUUAAUCAAGUAGCACAUCGGACGCCACACUCCCCUCCUCUAGUCAUGCGUGACCGAGCAGCUAAACCCAGAUCCUCACAGCAGUCCCAGACCCAGACUCAGUGCCAGCGGAGCGGCUGCAGCAACGUGUCCCCGGGCUGCACGGACCUCUGCCCGGAGUGCCACACACGGGGCCAGGGCCGGGAAGUGGGCUGGAGGGCGCAGGCGCCCAAGGAGAAGUCCAAGCAGAGGUGUCGGACGCAGGGCUGCGACCACUAUGCCAACCAAGAGAAACAGGGCUACUGUAACGAGUGUGACCACUUCAAACAGAUCUACCGCGGCUGACCACAACACGCCACAUCGACGACAACACAUCGGUAGCACGCUAGAGCCACCGCCCUGCAGUGGGCUUCCCAUGCCAGUCAAUGCACCUCUGAUACUAACUAACCAACUAACUAACUAACUAGCUAGUAACUAACUAGUAACCUUAUGGCCUGAAAAUAAACCCCCUCCCCCAAAGUCGAAUGUGAACAGAGAGUGUAUGCACGGGGGGGGGAAGUGUGUGUGUGUUUUUUUUUUCUGCAGUAGACAUGGCCUCCAGAAUACCUCUUUGUGCAAUUAUCAGAGGUGUGGCUCCAUGUCCGAGCAACUGACUCAACCCUUGUGUACAGUAUGUAUUUAGAGGUACGUAGGGAAUCAUGCCGGACAAAAUGAUUGUAUAUUGGCUUAACAAGAAGCAUCUGACAUUGCUUUAUAGACCACAGCCAAGGAUUUUUACCAUGUCUGUCUGUCUGUCUUAUCCCAUCUGUGUAUCUGUCUGCCUGUCUGUCCAGCAUUUGCACUGUUGAAAUGAGGGAUGCAGUAGUUUGGAAAGCCCAGCAAAGAUAUCUGUGGAAGUAAGAAGCAGAAGUGAGACAAACUGAGCCGAUGCAAUGCUCCCCGAAUGUCUGGGGUUGAACAUUGUUUCUCUUAGCCACUCAAAAUCUCCCAUUAGGCAUGGGCAGGUAUGAGAAUCAGACAAUAUGAUCAGCUGGAGUUAAAAUACAGCAGUUUUGCACAAACGUAGGACAAAAUGUAUAAUAUGAUCUACUUGCUUGUAUUUAAAACAGAGAAGCAGCAAUUAGAGUUAAAGAAAUGCUCUCUAUAACACCAUUGUAAUUUUUUCUGGUAAGCAAGGUUUCUACAUUCUCUGAAAAUGAAAUUAGAUUUUAGCGUUUCAGCCAAAUCUGGAUGAAAAGAGGAAAACUUAAGAAGGGAAUAAUGUUUGCGUUUCCACAGUUCAGUCCUUGUUCUAUUACUUGAGAUAGAAAUCUCUCUUUCUAAAAAUGUUUUUUGUUUCUAAAGAUUUCUGAAAAAUCUCUUUCAGCACUGAUUUAUGACUAAAUUCCAGGCUUUAUCUUUGUUUCACCACAUUACAUUUGAGUUUGAGGAAUUUAGUUGAUCCUUUUGGUGUUUUUUAACCUCUGUUUACCUUGAGACCCAGAAACCCGCCCAUGCCUAUCUCAUUUAUGCUCUCUUUACCAAAAGAUCAGUUUUAUACAAUUCUCAAAUGAUAGUUAACUCCCAUGGCUCAGCCAGUGGAAAUGUGGACAGUUUUCUGUAUCAAGUAUAUAAACUACCAUCACGUCUGUUAGUUAAAUAGCUUGAAACGGAAAGUUAAAACAGACCAUGUCACUGAACGGUGGGAGACAGACCGGAGAAGUCCCUGCUAGUUUUGGUGCUACAUGUACAGAAACACGAGCCUUUCCCAUUGUAGCUGACAUGCUGGUGACAGAAGGCAGAGUACACAGUAAAGACAGAGCUCACCCACUUACUAUUUCUCCUUUCUUUCCUCCUAAAUUUCGCUCUUCUCGUAAACAGAUCUGUUGCCUUGGACAUUGUUUUCUUGUUUACUGACAAUUUCAUCACCUAAAUUCUCACCACCACAUACACACAUUUGCACAUGCAAACACAACUCCUGUGAGAUUGUACACCCGAGCCCGAGGUGACGUGUCGCUAAAUAAAUCCCAUAAGAGUUGCAUUGCUCUUCGGGUCCGGGACAACAGUUUCCAAACUUCCGAAAGCAACCCCAUCACCUGCUUUGGCGAAGUUCCUUCAUUUGAAUGUGUUUAGCGCCGUGACGGCGCUGUUAUCGGGGCUGAUCCUUGAUAAGUUUUGCCUUUAAGUAGUUCUGAAAUUUUAUGGACCAUAAUGGGGGAGGAGGGGCUGAGGUGAUCCAGCUGUCCCACCUUUAAAUGCUUCUGUGAAUAUGGAACCUAGUCCAUAUUGUAGGACCUUCCAACCCGAUGCCUCAUUUUACAACACAAACAGAAAAAUGUACAGGUCUGUGCAUCUGGAUGAAACACACAGAAACAAAACUGACAUUUCUGCUUUCUUUUGUUGGUUUUGGAAGUUUUUAAUGUAUUUUGAUAAAUCUCUUUUAUUUUGGUUUUUGCCAAAAGACAAAAAGUAAAAAAAAAAAAAAAUCAUGUGCCAUCAAAACAGUUGUUGUUACCUCCUUAAAACGGCCAGCCUGGGUUAUUCUAGACUAACGUAAAGUGCCACAUAUAGACAUCUCCAAUUCUGUGUAACCUUACAUGAAGACCCCCAAAUCUUUCCACGAAUGUCUGUUUGGUUUGAAUAGUGAGAAACAUGUAACUGCAGAGAUGACCUGAAACGCAUCACGUUUAUCAAACGCAGGUGUGACAUCAGCCACUGCCAAACACCCACUCCUCUGUAGAUGUCCAUCUGUGGCUUUAGUGUAGGAAUGACAACCAGGCUCUUGGUCUGCCUUUUUCAUUCAACUGUAACUGAAGCUGGCCAGCCCACACAUGCUGACGGGCCGUGCGUAGAUCUCUGUGUGCUUUAAUCACCUCUAGACAAACCUUAAUCAAUGAAAGACCAAUUAGUGGUCAGCUCAUCAGGACCCACCCUAACAGGUUUUUGAAGGUGGGUUCUGACAGAUAUGUUCUCUCCUGCGAGGAGAUCAUAUAAAUUGCACAUAAUUUGUCUAAGCUGCUGAGGCAUUUAGGACUUGUCUGCGACAUUCCACCGGUAGAGAAAGCAUUGGCUUAAGAGCAGAAGGUGUAACAAAACAUGCAAAUGGUUUGGAAGUUUCUUUUUACAAUAGGGUAUUGUAUGAAAAAAAGCCUGGUUUUAUUUGUUAAGUAUUUAUUCAUAUCAAAAAUAUCUGUAAUGUGUGAUUCAAUAAUUAUUUAUAUGUUGUGAAAAUAUGAAUUAUUUUUACUAAGAA